AUGCGAGGGAGAGAGGCGCAGAGGCUGCCGGCUGCCCUCCCCGCCCUGCCACUGGAGCUUACUGUCCUCUACAACUACCUGCUUUUUACUGUGGGAGCAUCUGAUUCUGCCAUCGAAGGAGAAGCAGAAGGAAUACGCCAGGGGCUCCUCAGGGUUCUGGAGGCUUGCGGGGCCUGCGGGCAGGAUCUUAGCACCGAGGAGCUGUGGCAGAAGGUGCUGCAGGAGGUAACCAUGAAGGAGCUGCAGGCGCCUUUGCACCGACUGGGGGCCCUGCAAGCAGCGUGGUGGCUGGCAGCCAGCCGCCUGGGAAGCGCCGCCGGCCUCUUCCGGCUCCCGAGCAACGAUAAGGACCUGGGAAGAGCUCGCUGCAGCGAGGGGGAGAACGAACUCCUCUCCCUGCUCAAGGCAUGGCGAGUACCUGCUGAGAGGGCCUCCCCGCCCCUGGUACAGAGCGCCGAGGACUUGAAAGAGAUCCUCUGCACCGCAGCAGCCUUUCUGCAAGGGCUGCAGGAGCUGGAGGCUGGGAACUUCCCCACCGCCCUCUCCCUCCUUCAGGAGGCUGCGGGAGGAUUCUGCUCCAAGAGGGUCCUGGCCCAGAUCUACACCUGCCUCGGCUGCUGCGCUCAGCGAAUGGGCAAGCCUCAGACAGCCCUUCAGCACCUGAAACGGGCCCUCCAGGUAGAUUUCCAGUGCUUUCCUGCCUUGUCCCACAUGGCAGCGGUGUACCACGAGCUGGGGGAGACUGAGGCAGAGCUGCAGGCCCUGGCUCUGCUCUACGAGGCUCUGGGAAAAAACCCUCCAGCAGCUGCUUCCUCUAGUCCAUAUUUCCUAAUCCGAACAGAGCUCCUUGUCCACACACCAAUAUUAGCUUCUCUCCUUCGCCAUCGCCACCCCUCUGAAGUGAAGUACCUGCUGGCACAGCGGUGUCUCCAGGAUGGAAGGGUGGCUGAUGCAGUGGAACAUUACCUGGAUUUUCUGGCUCUGCUUCAGGAGGGGCUGCAGCAGCAGGUGCCCCUAGACGGUGGCUCAGCUCUGCCCAGGAUCCCCGAGGUGUUCCUGGAAGCAGCGUCUGCCUUGGAGCAGGCUGGGAGGCACCAGGAUGCCAUAACCAUGUGCGAGGAGGUCAUCAGCCGGACGACUGACCUGAUCCCACGGAUGUGCCUCAGCGAUCUCUUGCGAGUCCAGCUUUACGGGUCUGGCGUUGAACCGACAGAGAGUCUCCGGCCAGAAGUGGAGGUGCUCCAGAAGAUCAGGUUGCUCUCUCUCAUCGGGAGAGGUUCACAGUUCCUGGAGCUGGGGAGGCACAAGGAAGCCUUGUUGGAUUUCCAGCAUGGUUUGCAGAUUGCGCCAGCCAUGCCGAUGCUGCAGGGCUGUGAGAUCCGCCAGGAUCUGCCAGACCUGCUGUUCCCAGUCCUGACCAAGGCUCCCAACCCGUGUCCUAACAGAGGUGACCCAGCUGCUGCCUCCUACCUGGUGCAGGCCUUGUGGAAACUGAACCGAAAGCAGGAGGCAGCAGCUCACUGGCAGAAGCUCUCCCAGAGCAUCCCUGGGGAGGAUGGGCAGCAGGGAAGUUCUAAAGCGGAUGACUUAUCAACUGCUAUUCUGAAGCAGAAGAACAGGCCCAAUCGGUUAGUUGUUGACGAAGCCAUCAAUGAAGACAACAGUGUUGUGUCACUGUCCCAGGCAAAAAUGGACGAAUUGCAGCUGUUCAGAGGAGACACUGUUCUGCUAAAAGGAAAGAAGAGGAGAGAAGCAGUCUGCAUUGUUCUGUCAGAUGACACCUGCUCAGAUGAGAAGAUUCGCAUGAAUAGGGUUGUUCGCAACAACCUGAGAGUGCGCCUGGGUGACGUGAUCAGCAUCCAGCCUUGCCCAGAUGUGAAAUACGGCAAACGUAUCCAUGUGCUGCCGAUUGAUGACACGGUAGAAGGGAUCACGGGAAUCAGGGGAAAUCUGUUGGAGGUCUAUCUCAAGCCGUACUUCCUGGAAGCGUACAGACCCAUCAGGAAAGGUGACAUCUUCUUGGUGCGUGGAGGGAUGCGUGCAGUGGAGUUCAAAGUGGUGGAGACAGAUCCAAGUCCAUACUGCAUAGUGGCUCCGGACACAGUGAUCCAUUGUGAAGGAGAGCCCAUCAAACGAGAGGACGAAGAGGAGUCACUGAAUGAAGUGGGCUAUGAUGACAUUGGUGGCUGCCGGAAGCAGCUGGCUCAAAUCAAAGAGAUGGUGGAACUUCCCCUCCGACACCCCGCGCUCUUCAAGGCCAUAGGGGUGAAGCCUCCACGUGGGAUCCUGCUGUACGGUCCUCCUGGCACUGGUAAAACACUGAUUGCCCGAGCGGUGGCCAACGAAACGGGGGCUUUCUUCUUCCUGAUCAACGGUCCGGAGAUCAUGAGCAAGCUGGCUGGUGAGUCUGAGAGCAACCUGAGGAAAGCCUUUGAAGAAGCAGAGAAGAACGCUCCUGCCAUCAUCUUCAUUGAUGAACUGGAUGCCAUUGCUCCUAAGAGAGAGAAGACACAUGGAGAGGUGGAACGUCGCAUAGUGUCUCAGCUGUUGACUCUUAUGGACGGACUGAAACAGAGAGCACAUGUGAUCGUUAUGGCAGCUACCAACAGACCUAACAGCAUUGACCCAGCACUCAGGCGAUUUGGUCGUUUUGACAGAGAGGUCUGGAACAGUUUACCAGUGACCAAAAAUCUUCACUCGCUAUCAGUGCUCUGCUUUCAGGUGGCAAACGAGACCCAUGGCCAUGUUGGUGCUGACUUGGCUGCUCUUUGCUCAGAAGCUGCUCUUCAGGCUAUCAGAAAGAAGAUGGAUCUCAUAGACCUAGAAGAUGAAACCAUCGAUGCUGAAGUGAUGAACUCGCUGGCUGUGACCAUGGAUGACUUCAGGUGGGCUCUGAGCCAGAGCAACCCUUCUGCUCUUCGGGAGACAGUGGUGGAGGUGCCACAAGUUACCUGGGAAGAUAUUGGUGGUCUAGAAGAUGUAAAGAGAGAACUCCAGGAGCUUGUACAGUAUCCUGUGGAGCACCCAGACAAGUUCCUCAAAUUUGGUAUGACCCCAUCGAAAGGGGUUCUGUUCUACGGUCCACCUGGUUGUGGUAAGACGCUGCUGGCCAAAGCCAUUGCCAACGAAUGCCAGGCAAACUUCAUUUCCAUCAAGGGGCCGGAAUUGCUCACCAUGUGGUUUGGCGAGUCUGAAGCCAACGUGCGUGAGAUCUUUGACAAGGCCCGCCAGGCAGCCCCUUGCGUGCUCUUCUUUGAUGAGCUGGACUCCAUUGCAAAGGCUCGAGGUGGGAAUAUCGGCGAUGGCGGUGGUGCUGCAGACCGCGUCAUCAACCAGAUCCUGACAGAGAUGGACGGCAUGUCCACCAAGAAGAACGUCUUCAUCAUCGGUGCCACCAACAGGCCAGACAUCAUCGACCCAGCCAUCUUGCGCCCUGGCCGCCUGGAUCAGCUCAUCUACAUCCCCCUGCCUGACGAGAAGUCCCGGGUUGCCAUUCUUAAGGCCAACCUGAGGAAAUCACCAGUUGCCAAGGAUGUUGACCUGGAUUUCCUAGCUAAGAUGACCAAUGGCUUCUCGGGGGCUGACCUGACAGAAAUUUGCCAGCGUGCCUGCAAACUGGCCAUCCGCGAGUCCAUCGAGAGUGAGAUCAGGCGAGAGCGUGAGAGGCAGACCAACCCUUCCGCCAUG